GGAAAAGAAAAUCGUAUGAUGGAAGCGGAUGAAAGUGAGAAACUACUAGGUGGAACUUUUUCGAACAGUUUUACUUUUAGAGGCACUCUUGCGCCACCGAUGCGGUAGCUAGUUCUUCGUGUUUGAUUGAUAUCUUUUAGUCCUUAAUACCCGAUUUCAAGUCUUGGUGACAUGAGCAACGGAGACAGGGCAUGAGAAGUGCGGGGGCGGAGCACCACUAUGCGUCAAAGCAGGGUUUUGUAGCAGUACGAGAUAGCUGACUUGGAAAGGACGCGUGACGCAGUCUCGUUCGACAUAGAGCAGCUGAACUCGAGAUAAGCGCUUGCGGUGCGGCAUACCAACGUCGACUGGUUUCGACCAAGGUCCAACGCAAGCGAGCUUCGAAGAGCACCGAGUCAACAGAACAACUUCGGUUGCGCUGGCAAAAUGGGCGUGAAUUUGUGGAGUUUGUCACUGCUUAGCUACUACGUUGGCAUAGACACGGUCGUCAUAGUCGCAUCCAAGGUCUCCGCACAAAACGGGAAAAUAUCCUAUAACACUUGUGUUGCUGUGCUCUGCGUGGAAAUAGCGAAGCUCUGUGGGGCACUGGUCUUUCUUAAGCUUGGGCUCUUCACGGAUUCCAAUGCCGUGGCGAAAGACCACAAGGCGCAGGAGCUACGUGUCGUGGAUCUAGAAAUGGGCGGAGAAUCGGGACUUGAGGAUGAGGAGAAGGACACUAGAGAAACAUCGAUUAUGGCCACGCCCUUCCCUUGGAUAAAAAUGCGGGCCGUAUUACUCUUAUAGUUGGCAUCAAGCUUAUAUUCGUAUUCCCAAAAGUGACAAUCUUUUGUGCGAAGUUCAUUGCUCUGUAAGUCAUGCGAAGGCUACUUAACAAAGUCGAAAUUAUCCAGAUGCAAGGAGCCUUCUCUUUAUCAUUUUUUGUCUUUCUUUUUGUAGUAGGUGCGCGCUGACUCAACCUUCUAGUUCUUGAAGUCUGUUUCCUCUAAUUUGAAGAUCGUCAAUUCCGCAGCUGCUCCUGGGGGGAAGAAGCAUGCGGACAGGAGAGACGAUCAAGCUGCGCGAGCAACAACGUGGGGAAACUACUGUCGAUACGGCGUGCCCAGUUUUGUUUACUUCCUGAAUAACAAUAUCAACAUUCACGCGAUCUCGUACGUGGGUGUAGGCUCGUUUGCGCUCUUCAAUUCGAGCAAGGUGCUCUUUGCUGCACUCUGCAAUCGCGUCAUCCUGAAACAGUCAGUGUCUCAGCUCCAGUGGCAAGGGCUAGGGCUGCUCUUUGUGUCUCUCGUCUGUGCGAAAUUCGAUGUGAUCAAGGAAGUGAUAUCUGGUAGUGGUGAAAGUUCAGGUAGCCAGUCCGCGUGGGCCUUCACGUUUGGAAUCUGCCUCGUGUUUCUCACAUCUCUUCUCAGCGGUUAAGGUGAGUGGUAGUCUCCUGAUGGCAGAAGAUACUAGCAACUUCUGUCUCAUUUCUGUCGAAGUGAAAUUUCCAGGAACGCUCGCUUUUCCUCUGUAGCUACCACCUAAAUCUCUAAGUGAUAGAACAGCCUGUGUCUAGCUACCUAAGUUUGUUGUUGCUUCCAGCGACCUAAAAAAUCUCUAAGUGAAGCUGUCAGGCACGCUGAGCGAGUUCCUGAUUAAGGGGAUGGAUACGGACGUACCACCAAUGCGCAAAAAUACUUGGAUGUACCAAUGGGGCAUCUUUCUUAAUUUUUGCUCCUUCCUGUCGCUAGAGCUCUGGAACCGGGAGAACUACGACGAUGGGAAAGCCGUCGCUGCUUUAUGAACAAGGAUGGAAUGAAAAUAGACCUCAUGUUGAUCUUGUACCUUGUUGAAGUGCAAGGUCUGUCUAAUGUCUUCUGGAGAUAAACUCUCUGUUUUCGUCUAAACAGAUCUAGGAGUUUUUAACAAGUACAAGUGUAGGUGGAGUUCUUUUUCCUAUGUAUAAUGAUUAGACUCCGUACCCUUGUGGGGGAAAGUAGAAUCUGGUAGUGUGCAGAAGGGAUUAAGCGUACUACACAACCCUCUGGUAGAAUCACACGAGAGAGAUAACAACUGACCUGUAGCAGGUUUACGCUUAUAUGCCCCUGCCGACAUUUUUAGAAUGAGAAUAUGACGAAGAUAUGAUUAGGCGCAACACAAAAUAGCUGAAUCCGCUAAUUUUUUCUGAAGGCAGUGACGUGAACAUGCCUUUUCACCCUUAUCCACCGCUGGAUACUUUGGUGCGGGUUCUCUCGCCCACGCACGUCUUUCGGGGAUUCAAUUAAGGCGUGGAAUAUUUCAUUUGAACAUGCUGCUUGGGAUGAAUGAAGGUUGAUUUGGGUUUGGGUAGGAUUUGGUUUUAUGUGAAUGAACAGGAAUACGUUUCAACCUUUAAUGAAACGCCGGAGCCUGUGUUUACAUCUUCGCAAUGGCAACUUUUGGACUGUCUGUGUCGCUGGUGUUACAGUACUUCGACAAUGUCGUGCGCGCCAUAUCGGGGGUACUACCGAUUCUGCUUUAUGGCUGGUGAGUAUACUAGCUAGGUCCAUCAAUCAAUAAAUGAAUCGUGAAUUAUAGGUACAUCUUGAGGGAGUCUAAUCAAGUGCUGAUGUUUGCAGCAGUGCCUCCAUGUGCUGUCUUGACCGAUUCGUCUAUUGUACAGAAGAUGGUAUAUGUCUCAAUACAAUGUUUUUGCCUGCUACGCAGAAUGAUCGAGAAUGAGUAUAAUUGUCGUACGCACUUCUAACUUCUCGCAGUUGUAAUUGGGGUCUUCUUUUUUGACGAGCCACUGAGUCCGCAAUUUGUUGUCGGUCUUGUCCUUUUCAUCUACGCUUGUUACCUCUACAACUUAUGGCCUUCGUGGAAUUCAUAGGGAGAUAAAAACAUGAAGACCGCCGAUAUGGGAUUUAAACUCGACCGAUAACGGCUUUGGAGUCGUACUUUGUUGUAGUAGUUUUUAGAGCACUUUGAGAUUCAUCAGGCCGAUGAACCAAUACAAAAAGGUGUGUCACCAUCGGAUGAUCAAAUAUUAGUACAUCAUUCGCAUAUAAUGAUGAAUAGAUACGAGCUUUUCGGUUUUGUCAGGUUGAUGUUGAGUGAAGGAACAAUAUUUUUUUACACGUCUCAUCUGAGCUGCUCUUGGUACUACAGGACCAAAGAAGGCAAGCAGAUCACUCUAAUGAAGAAGGGAAAGGCGCCUCCAGAGCCUGCAGCAAGUACAACUGGUGAGAAGUCUGGUUACGCUUUAGCUGGGAGAAAUACUUCUGAAGGGGACGCACCAGUACGAGUGGAGAUGAAGGGAAUGCCAGCUGCGUAUCCCGUUGGGGCUGCCAUAAGCAGAAUAGCGACGGAGGUUUGAGAGUGACAAAAUAUACUUUCAUCUUUACCAUUUUUUCUAUAGUGGAUUUUAGUGUCCGAAGAGACGACAACGCCGAUAAAUCUAGUUAAUGCCUGUGAGGGUAGUCAUGGAAGUAUUUGGAGGACCAUACAUUUUCAAUGUCUGUGCUACUGCUAGUGGUAGGGGAAUUUUGGGAAGCUUAUUCACAGGCUGCAAAUUAUCAGAAUAUAUGUCAAUUGAGUUGCCUUACUGAAAUUUUAAUGCAGCAGCCUGUAAUCUGAGAAGCCUCAUUAACAGAAAUAGAAGCGCCUUCAAUAUCGAAAUCGAUACUAUUAGCAGCUCUCAGAAUUGGAGCAGUCGCUCUUUUCUGUAGGCCAGGAACAUUAGGUUUAGCCAUUCGACCUACAGUGAGAACUGUCUGCAUCCCCUGGCAGGAACAGGGGGGCUCUAGUUUGCAG